AUGCUUGAGACAAACGUAUGUAAUCGACCAGAUUUUCUUAGCCGCCAGAGGGCGAAACUUGAACAAGACACCUUUCUUGCCAACCGUGCCAUCCAAAUGCAUGGCAAAUGCGGGCGCAUCGACCGCGCGAAGAGGAUCUUUGACAGUCUCACUCAUCCAAACGUGUUCUCGUUGAACAUUAUGAUUUCAGCAUAUGCCCAGAGCGGGCAUGUGGCUCAAGCAAAGGCUCUGUUCGACUCUUUUAAGUUUCCUGACACGGUAACUUGGAAUGCGAUGUUAACAGCUCUGGUACAAGAGGGCCAUUACGAAGAAGCAAAACAAUUUUUUGACAGGAUUCCUAAUAGAAACCAAGUUUCUUGGAAUGCCAUGCUUACUGCAUAUGCCCAGGUUGGUAAUGUAAACGAGCUUGAAUCGUUCUUUCAAAAGUUGCCAAAUCCAAACGUUGUGACAUGGACAGUGAUGGUCCAAGGCUAUGCAAGAUGUGGCCGUGUAGAUCGUGCUAAAUGGGUUUUCGAUGGAAUGCCUAUAAAAAAUGUGGUAGCAUGGACUGCUUUGCUUUCCGCAUAUACCCAGAACUGGCAUGUAGAGGACGCUAAGAUAGUCUUUGAUAGUAUGCCAGUUCGGACUCUAGUUUCCUGGAACGCAAUGCUAUCCUCGUACGCAACUUCUGGCCAUGCUUUUGAGAGCGACAACCUGUUCCAAAACAUGCCUCUACACGAUCUUGUUUCAUGGACUUGUAUGCUCCAAUUGCACUGCUCAAAGGGGGACAUGGAUCGAGCAGUGGCAAUUUUUGAUCAAAUUCCCGCGUUUGAUAUCAUCUCCUCUAAUGUAAUGCUGACAGCACUCACGACGAGCAAAGACCAGUUUCAGAAAGCAAUGGAUCUCUUCUCGAGAAUGGAGCUGAGAGACGCAAACUCGUGGGCUGCAAUCCUCACGCUCUACACCAGGUCGGGAGAGUUAAGCGAAGGGAUGAGGUAUUUCUAUGAGAAAAUGCCUGAACACAGUGUUAAGUCUUGGAACACCCUGUUGCAGGCAAAUGCCGCAGCUGGAAACUUAGAAGAAGUCAACAAACUCUUUUGGAAAAUGCCUUUGUGGUCAUUGGCAUCAUUUUGUAGCAUAAUAGUAGCAAACUCCUGCUGUGGAAGAUUGGACAAUUCUCGAGAAGUGUUUACAUCUAUGCCCGAAAGGGACCUGGUUGCGUGGAAUGUUAUGCUCGAGUCAUAUGCCACUAAUGGGCAUCUCGAGCUUGCCAAGAACUUGUUUGAUUCAAUGCCAGAAUGGGAUGUUGCGUCGUGGAGUAGUUUGAUGGGAGCCUUCAUACACACUGGAAAUCUCACUGGAGCGAGUGAAAUCUUCAAAGAUCUUCCUCAAAGAAGUGCCGUCUUUUGGAAUGCGCUGCUAGUUGCAUUUGCCCGCAGUGGGGAUCUGGAAGAUGCCAAGAAGAUCUUCGAUCGCUCGCCCUCUAGAGAUCUCGCGGCCUGGAACACAAUGGCCGCGGGAUUCAGCCAAUUUGGUCGUGGCGGUGACGCGCUGGAGAGCUUCCAUUCGAUGCUACUGGAAGGGAUGCGCGCGGACGAGAUAUCGGUGCUCCACGCGCUCAUCGGAUGCAAUCACCUGGGCCUCGUCGAGAAUGCGGGGCGGAUCUUUGCUUCCAUGGCGGCGGACCAUCGGCUGGUUCCCUGGAUCGAGCAUUACAGCGUCAUGGCGGAAGCUCUCGGUCGCUCCUGCGAGGCUGGAGCUGCGAGAGAGCUCGUGGAUUCGAUGCCCUAUUUUCCGGAUAGGAAGACGCUGGGAGGACUGGAGACGAGCAAAUUAAAUCCGACCGUCUCUAAGCUCGCAUGCUUCUUGAAUGAGUCGUGA